AUGUCAGGUGAUAUCAUUCGACCAAAUUCGAUCUCACAGCUAUUGCCAAAUAUGAAAAAUAUCAAUCUAACAUUUAUUGUUCUUGAUAUUGGUCAAUCACGACGUACACCUCAAGGACAUGAUGUUCGAACAAUACGCGUUGCUGAUCCGACUGGCUCCGUUCUCAUGGGUGUAUGGAAUGAUGUUGGUGAUAAUAUUUCCGCUGGUGAUAUUUGGCGAUUAAGGAAUGGUUUUACGACAAUUUUCAAGGGAUCAUUGAGUUUAUCAUACGGUAAAAUGGGUGAAUUAUUAAAAACGGGUGAGUUUUUUAUGGUUUAUUCGGAGGUCCCAAAUAUGAGUGAAUAUAAUGCCGAAUAUGCCGCGAAAUUUCCAUCGAAUCGUAAAGGUUCACCAGACGAUGAAACAACAGGCAAUGGUCAAGGAGUUAAUGUACAACGAUCUCAUUCAGCAACUGGUAUCCAUCGACCAAUAAAACGGCCAGCACCAUCUUCGGGACAGUUCCGACGUGAUAACAUUACUAACAAAAACGCAAGAAAUUCUUGA